ACUGGUACUGUAUAUAUGGAGACAGUUUAGCAGCAAAAAUAAGGGGUUAAAUACAUGUAAAAAAAGAAAUAUAUACAAAUGUUUCCUGAUCUUUCUUAUAUCUCUCAUAUACAAGACAGACAUUUCAGAACAAACAUCCUUUAGAUUUUUGGGGUACAAAUGUUUUCAUAAAAUUAUUAUUAUUAUUUUUAUUCUUCUUGGGGUCUUACAAUUCAAAAUCAAAUAGCAAAAAUAUCCUUGGUAUGACCUUGGUGGUAUAGUAACCAAUAAAGGUUGGGAACCACUGCUGUAGGUUGCGGUACAAUACGAUGGUAGAAUAUUAAUAGAAUUUCCAUGUUUGACAGAAAUCUUCUCAAUUCUCAAUCGGUUUCUUUCUGCUUGUUUUGCUUCUCCUCUUCUCUACCUGUAACUGUCCUCUUCUCUACAUGUCCCCUUUACAGGUAUGGGUGAACUCAGUCACAGAGAUCAGUGUAGAUGACCUGAGUGCUGAGGACAGUGACUCUCCACCGGAGGACCUAGAGUUCAUCGUGACCCCGCCUAGUAACGGUCACCUGGCCCUGAAGAGCGCCCCCUCCAGACACAUCCUCAACUUCACCCAGACACACACCCUCCACGGACAGCUGGUGUUUGUCCACAGUGGUGCCUUGUCGGGAGGUUUCCACUUCCAGGUCAAUGAUGGGGUGAACUUUGCCCCCCGACAGAUCUUCAGUACCACGGCACGCUCCCUGGUCCUCAGCCUGGAGCGGAACCACGCCCUCACAGUGUUCCCAGGCUCUGUGAAUACCAUCUCUCAGAAUAACCUUCUGGUGGUAACCAACGACAAUGGUGACAUGGGAGGGAACCACUCCAUCCUUUAUAAUGUUACCAGUCCUCCAAAGCUGGGAAGACUGGUCAGAAAACAGACAGACAACUCUACUGCAGAGAUCUCCUCCUUCACACAAGACAUGGUGAAUGAGGGUUUGAUUAGUUAUGACCAAACUCAUCCUGAAUCGUUGGGAUGGAUGACUACAGACUCCUUCACUUUCACAGUGUCUUCGUCCCCUGUCUCUCUGCAACCUCAAGUCUUCAGCAUCCAUAUCUCCUAUGAGCAUGCACCUGCAGAACGCAACACCAUUCUCACUGCUAACACUGGUGCUGUUGUGACAGAAGGUGGCAGAGUGGUGAUUGACAAGAUGCAGCUGGAUUCCUCUAACCUGCUGGGAAAGCUGUUGGAACCCCAGCGACGUUCCUACGAGGUCUGGUACCACGUCACCUCUCUACCCCAGCACGGCAUAAUCACAGUGGGAGAACGCAACCUGACCAGCGCCAAACCCAACUUCUCCCAGUUCAUCCUGGAUAAGCUUGGAAUCGCAUACCAGCACGACGACUCCGAGACGACCCAGGACUUCUUCACCUUUGAGGUUUGGCUGAACCGUAAGGGCCAGCCUCCCCAGAGACCCUCAGAGCCCAGCCUGAUAGUAACAGAGUCGUUUGACCUCACAGUGACCCCUGUCAAUGACCAGCCGCCCCUGCUCCGGACCAAGGCCCCCAGUCUGAGGCUGGUGCAGGGGGACACUGUGGUCAUCAGCCCUGAGAACCUCCUGGUGGAAGACCUGGACACCCCUUCAGAAGAGAUCCAUUACAAGGUGAUCAGCAAACCCAACAAUGGCUUCCUGUCUCUAGGAGAACAGCUGAAUGAGACAGUGUCUGCCUUCUCACAGGCGGACAUCAACCAUGGUAGAGUCCACUUCGUCCAGGACGGAGAACCCUCUUCAGGAGUGUUCUACUUCAGUGUGACUGAUGGGUUCCACCGGCCGCUAUACAAGCUCUUCAACCUGGAGGUCACUGCAGCAACCGUCUCCAUGGUGAACAACACAGGAUUGAGGCUGGUACAGGGUCAGACAACCGCUACAUUGACAACAGAACACCUGGCUGCAGAGACCAAUGGGAGACACAGUGUGACGAUUCACUAUAGAGUGACCACACCACCACACCACGGCAGUCUCCUCAUGUCCAACCUGCCAGUCAGUGAGUUUAACCAAGAGGACCUUCACUCAUGCAGACUGUCCUAUCACAUGACGGACCUCACCUCCUCCUCAGACAGCUUUGAGUUCACAGUCUCGACACCGGAGAGUAACAUGACCGCUCAGAUGUUCAAUGUCACGGUCCAACCGCUCAUCCAUUUCAGCGAGCGUGUCCUGAUCCCGAGUGGCAUCGCCGUGAAACUGAGGAAGGUCUAUCUGGACGCCACAGACCUCGCCACACUCAGUGGCAGUGACCCUGUCUUCCACAUCCUGUCCCCGCCCAAACACGGCAAGCUGGUCAAGGUGACCUUUGACCUAUCGGACAGCGCCAAUCACUCGGUGGAGUCGUUUACCUUCCGGGACGUGGUGCAGGGCAGGGUGGCCCUACAGGAGACCCUGGUACAACAAAGACACAGCAACAACAUUGCCGAUCAAUCAACAUCUUUACUGUCCCAACUAAGGACUGCCGACAACAACACAACAGAGAUCCAUGUGUCCAUGCUCAAUGACUCCUUUUCAUUCCUUCUGAGGGCGGAUAAUGUUCAGCCGGCUGUAGGAGAGUUUUUAUUCACCAUCGUGCCAUACGAAGAGAGUUUGAACCACACGACCAGGUCACCUGGGCGCAAUCAAACCACAGGCGGCAGAGGGACUACAAUCCACUCUGCAACCCACCCUCACACCACAAACCACAAGACCCACAACAAGACCCUACAGAAGCAGUUCAAAGCCCGUCACCACUGGGGGAACCAGACCCACGGAGAUCACCCCAUGAUCCCCACCGUCCCUGGAAACACCCAUGGGAAACACAACAUCCACGGCCCCCACAGAAUCACCCCAGUUCGGGGAGAGUCCCUGCCCCGGCCGGCUUCCGACCCCCUGCUGCUCAUCCUGCCCUUCCUGGCCUGCCUGCUGCUCAUCGUCAUCCUGGUGGUCCUGAUCCUGGUGCUGCGCCACCGCAGGGAGAAGAGGGCCUUAUCCAGAGGGCUCAUCCAGGAGCUGGCGGCUGCAGCCGGAGAUGGAGGCCCAGAGGGGAGCCCCUACCUGGGCAGACCGGAGAGGAGCAUUGCGGUCCCCUCAGUGGUGGUGACUCCGCUGCUGGGCCCUAAUAGUUGCCCCGGCACUCCGGUCCUCAAUGUGCUGCGUAGGGGAACGCUGGCUCCACGGGACCCUUGUCUGCUGCUCUGGGCGGUAGACGCUGUUCCUGAUAUGGUACAGGCCCAGCAAUGUCAACACCCCGAGCCCACUCUGAGAGACAACCAGUACUGGGUGUAAUUGAUCCACAGCUCAUACCCCUACAUUGAAACAGAGAUACUAACUAAACUUUAUACUAUUGAGUAACUAUUGAGUACCCCCACACCUACUCUGAGAGACAACCAGUACUACGUCUGAUUGAACCCAUACAUACACUGAAACACAGAGACUUGGUUUAACCUUGCACCCAAUAUACUGUAACUAUUGACUACUGAUGUUUGCAAUGUUGGUGCUGUUUGCUGGUUUCAUUGUGAACUUGAUUUUGGGUCCUUAUAUAGAAACUUCUUAAUUGGUUCUACAAUUCACCCUGUUACAAUGUUUUUUUGUGGCAGCUUACUAUUUUACUUUGGUUUUAUUGGGAUUUUAUAUUUUAUACAUUAUUUGACCAAUUAGUUUUGCGAAAAGAUGUUUCAUUAUAACUUUUCACAAUGGCUUCAAAAACCUGUCAGUUUUUUUUCAGACCAGUAAACUGUUUAUUUUUUUAGUGUAGUUGGAUAAUUCAAUUACAGUAUUUAUGCUUCCUGUUUUAUAAAAGAUGUAUGUUUCAGUUUGCGGUUACACUAUGUAGUUUACAUUAAUCUGACUAAUGUAGCAAUGCACUGUACAUACACAUCUGCUUGUAGCUUGAAACAGGAACUGAGAUUACAUUAGAUCUGUUUUCAAGAAGGUGCCUUUAGUUUGAAUGCAGUCAGUCAGCCAUGAUGUUGUAAUGGUCACAAUGUCUUCUAGUCUGGUUAGGAACAAUAGACCAAAUACUUGACUAACACACUUUUUUGUUGUUGUAAAUAAUUAUACUGAAAUGCAUGUCUUCACUCAUUAUGCAGUAUUUUAUAACCAUAUGAUAACUUGAACACACACCUGUUCAUCACGCAUGGCAUGCCUGAUUCAGUGUUUCCAUUGGCUAGUAAAUAUGCAGCCCACUAUUUCUAUAAAAAGACUUGACACACUCUUUGUUUAUAAAUAAUGCAUGUCUUCAUCCAGUCUUUUUGUAACCAAAUGAUAACUUUAUCAUGCCUGUGCUUCAGUGUUUUAAAUGUCUGAAUACAAAGUACUAUACUUUACAUGUAAAUAAAUAUAGUAUGCAGUCAAAUAUUUCUAUGAUAAUAAAGAUGAGCUAUAAUGAGAACACAUACUACACCAGUCGAUGUGUGCUCAUCUCUGCUGCAGCCUGAAGUAAACACGUCUGUAUUUUUCAAAUAAAAUAUUUGUGUUAUA